GCCCGCUUCCGUGCCUGGCGCCCGCGAGGCCCCCGGGGGCCUGGGAGUGUCAUUGGUGAAUGACCGCAGCCCUUUGCAGCUGCCACCACGACCAUGGCCUCCAGCAGCAGCGGCGUCGCGCUCGCCCGUCACCUGUCACGCUUCCUCCUCCUGCAACCAAAUGGAGUUCGGCAUUGUUCCUAUACAGCUUCCCGAAAACAUCUGUAUGUUGACAAAAAUACGAAGGUUAUUUGCCAGGGUUUCACUGGUAAGCAGGGCACCUUCCAUAGCCAGCAAGCAUUGGACUAUGGCACCAAGAUAGUUGGAGGAACCAGCCCGGGCAAAGGAGGAAAGACGCAUCUGGGCUUACCCGUCUUCAAUUCUGUGAAGGAGGCCAAAGAGCAGACAGGAGCAACCGCAUCUGUCAUUUACGUCCCUCCACCCUUUGCUGCUGCGGCCAUCGAUGAAGCCAUCGAGGCGGAAAUGCCCCUGGUGGUGUGCAUCACCGAGGGUAUCCCGCAGCAGGACAUGGUCCGGGUCAAGCACAAACUGCUGCGCCAGGGAAAGACCAGGCUGAUUGGGCCCAACUGCCCUGGAGUCAUCAAUCCCGCAGAAUGCAAAAUUGGUAUCAUGCCUGGUCAUAUUCACAAGAAAGGAAGAAUUGGUAUUGUGUCCCGAUCUGGCACCCUGACUUACGAAGCUGUUCACCAAACCACACAAGUUGGACUGGGGCAGACUCUGUGUAUAGGCAUCGGAGGGGAUCCAUUUAAUGGAACAGAUUUUAUUGAUUGCCUUGAAAUCUUUCUGAAUGACCCAGCCACAGAAGGUAUCAUACUGAUUGGUGAAAUUGGUGGUAAUGCCGAAGAAAAUGCUGCAGAAUUUCUGAAGAAGCAUAAUUCAGGUCCCAAAGCCAAGCCUGUUGUUUCCUUCAUUGCUGGUUUGACGGCUCCUCCUGGCCGGAGGAUGGGCCAUGCGGGGGCUAUUAUUGCUGGAGGAAAAGGUGGUGCCAAGGAGAAGAUCUCUGCCCUCCAGAGUGCCGGCGUCGUUGUCAGCAUGUCUCCAGCACAGCUGGGGACCACCAUCUACAAGGAAUUUGAAAAGCGGAAACUGCUAUGAAAGGAACAAACAAACACGAGUUCCCCUGGACCGUGGAAUGAAUCACCCAGGGAUGGGAACCGCCGAAGUCAGCUUCCGCUGCCGCCCUCACCCGUCACCUCUGCCGGGCGCUGGUCUUUCCAGACAAGAGAACCAAAACAAGUCUCGGAUGUCCUCUACCGAGAUGUUUCGACCUCCUCGUAUAACAGAGACGGCCAAUAAAUCUGAUGCUUAAUUUGAA